UUUUUUUUUUUUCUUCUUUUCUCUCUCUCUCUCCCUUUCUCUUUAAUUUAAUAAACACGUAUGCCUUACAAGUGAAAAAAAAGGAACCAUUUUGCUUCUUCUACUUUUUCUUCUUCUUCUUUUUUUUUCACUUCAUACCUUAUUAUGCCUUUCAUAACCCUUAGACGAUCAGCGUUAUACGUUUCCCAAAAAUGGUUUUAUACCUUAGGCAUCAAAAUUGCAUCUCGACCUAUUCUUGUUCUUUUUUUAUCCUUUUUCAUUAUAUGUACCUUAUCCUAUUUUGCUGCCAUUUUAACACAUGAUUAUUAUAGUAUUAACCCCAUUACAACGUUGGAUGCCCAUCCGUGGCAGUUUACACCUCACAUUCAAGUAACACAAUCACCAGCUACUUUCAUUAUUCAUCAAGUACGACUCGUUUCACCUACUCGAACAAUCACUAAAAGUUUCCUCAAGACAUCACUCGCUGUCUUUCGAUCUCUAACUACAUCACGUAAGCUACGUCAAUUAUGCGUGAUGGUCAAACACCAAUGUUUCAUAAUAUCGCCAUUUGGGUAUUGGAGCAAUACUAGUUUGACAAAGGCAAUUAGCAGUGAUAAUGAGGAUCUAUGGAUGACAAUAAAUUCAAGUCUAGGACUACAUCCUUUUACAGUAUUGGGAAAUGUAACUUGGGAUGAUCGAGGGCAUGCGAUAAAUGCUGAUUCUAUCAUCUUUACAUUUGUGUUGAAUAAUCUACCAGACACAAAUAAAAUAUGGCAUGCUAUUUGGCAGCAUACUAUACAACAAUUUCCAGACUGGCAAGCAGAUUCCUUUAGUGAUAUUUUACCUUUUCUAAUCCAAUUCAGAUUAAAAUUGUUUUCAUUUCCAAAUACAUUUUCAAUAAGCAUUGUCAUUUUUACAAUAGUCUUGCUCUCUCUUUAUUUGAGAAUACAGUUUGCAAAAUUUCGCAUGAUUAAAUCAACUUUAGGACUUAGUGUAGCAGUCUUAUUUUUGUCUUUCUCGGCUUAUAUGAUGACAAGAGCGCUAAGUCCAGUACAAUUUUGGAUAGGCUUAGGACUCUGUACAGUACCUACCUUACAACUCACACUAUUAUUAACAACUGCUGUUUGUUCCAAGGACAAGAUUAGUAUCUGGGAACGUGUUGGAAAAGGUUUGCAAGAAGUCGGAAUGACAAUGACAACUACACUAUGGCUUGAAUGGCUAUUAUUAUUAAUAGCAUCAUGUAUCAUGCCCAAUUUACGUUCAUUAUGUUAUUUUAUGAUAGUAGCCUUAGGGGUUAUCUAUUUAUUAACAACUACCUUAUUUGUGGCCAUCUUGGCUAUUGAUAUUAAACGUGCUGAAUUAAGUGAUCUGAGCCGUCAAAAGAAGCCGCUGCCAAUCGUUAAGAAGUAUAAGCCAAAGAAGAUGAUCAAUAUUAUCAUUCUUUCCAUUGUUUUACUUUUUUUCAAUUUUUUUGAUUCGACGUCUCAACAGAAUUUAAUAGACCUAUCAAGACAAUUUUGGCGUACCUUGAAUCCCAACUAUACCCCACAAACAAUUGAGAUUCAUGCUCCUCAUAUAUUGACACAGACACCCCUUGAUGGAUUACACGACACCUAUCAAGCCAAGUUUAAUGCAUUACACCAAUUAAUAUCUACGACUACUACCACCAUUACCACCUUUCCAAUCAUACUACAUCCGUAUUUGAUUCUAACCCGUUUAUCCACCUUUGUCUUAUUUUUUAUAUCUAUGACUCUCAUACUCUAUACAAUCCCUUUUACACGAAAAUAUCUUUUCCAUCUAUUUAAAAAUAGGCUUGGACGUCCUGAAAGAAUUCAAUCGAACCAUGCUAAUUCACGACAACAACAACAAAGGAUGAGAGUACGUACACUGAUGGGUGCUCAUAUUUCUGAUCUUCGAGAUUUGGCAAUGACGAAGGAUAGAGUAGCAUCUAUUGAUCAAGAAGGACAGUUAGUACUCUGGGAUCAUCCUCGGUCGUCCUUUUGUUGUUUAUUAGAGCGUGGAGCACGGUGUGUUCAAGUCUUGGAUGAUAAAUGGUUAGUAGCAGGUUUCCAGCAAGGACGUGUGGCUAUCUGGGAGAUGGAGACGAUGAGGCUGGUGCAAGAAUGGUAUGCACCAAGCCAUGUGACCUACGUUAAUUUCUUGAAUCCAUCGACACUCAUCUCUGUCCAUCGGGACGCUAUUUAUGAAUGGCAAGUAGGCAAAAUGACGCCACAGGAGAGGAUACCGUUGUCAUUAUGCCCCACAAGGGCAAUAGAGUUGAUCUCAAAUCUAGACUUGUAUUAUUUAGUCAUUGCAUUUAAACAAGGUGUGACAUGCUGGAAAUGUCACGAGGGGGGGCAAUGGCAUCUACUCUAUACGAUCGAGGAAGCAACCAAGGUGAUGACAGUAGCAGCUGAACGUGAAAUCCUUGUGACAGGAUCACAAGAUGGUACGGUCAAGGUCUGGCGUCUUGAUACUGGAUUCGCUAUCUGUACAUUAUCAAAGGGUUAUGAAUCGAUCCAUCAUCAACAGCAAAGACGACAAGAAGGAGGACGAAGACAAAGACAAUAUGCAGAUGUCAUAGGUGGACCCCUUAUGGAGUUUAGUACUUUCUUAAUGGAUCAGCCCACAGGUACUACACCCCAUCAUCAAGAUUCAGUUUCUAAAGUCGUUGUCAAAUACUGUUGUCACGGCACUGUCUUUGUAGCCUCCUGUUCAUUUGACGAUACCGUCCAUGUUUGGCGACUUGACCUGGGCAUGAAUAAAGAACAACUCUGUCAAAGGUGUCAACGACGAAGACUCAUAAAACGCUUGAGAAGGAGGAAGGAAUGGAAUCCGACAUUCUUGGGCGAAUUAGAACAGAGAGGAGGACGAGGGAUCGUGUUCUGUUCUGGUGGUAUCUUGGCUGGUGUACGUCAAGUCAAUGAUCAAUGGGAAAUGUGGAUGACAACCUGGCUACACUACUAUGAGCCAUCACAAGAUGCAUCGAUACCCAUCCUCACCUUUCAUUUAGAGCCCAAUAAGGAAACAGAGGAAGCUGUCACUACAACAGCUCUUGAUACAUUUUUAUUGAAAUGGGGUAUUAAAAAGGUGACUCAACGAACGGUUAUCAAUAAUAAUAAUAAUAAUAAUAAUAACAAGAACAGCAGCAGUAGCAAUAGCAGUAGCAAUAGCAGUAGCAAUAGCAGUAGUAGUAGCAGUAGUAAUAGUAGUAGUAGUAGCAGUAGUAGUAGCAGCAACAACAAUAAGGAAGAUGAUGAGGCUUAUGAACUAUUACCAUUUAGUACGUAACAAGGAAAUAAAAUAAUAAUAACUAAGUCUAUUGUUCUGGAGGACAACAUGCAUUUUCUAAACAAGAGUCUUCUAUACAACGUAAUAAACAUGAUGAUGCAGUACUUUGUGAAUCCUAUUUUUUUUUAAUGAAAUAAGCCCAUUUUUUUCUUUAAAAAAAAUAAAUAAAAACAU